AUGUCCACCCGCAUCGUUAUGAUAUCGGACACCCACUCACGAACCCCCCGUAUCUCACAAAUUCCAAACGGUGACGUCCUGAUCCACGCUGGCGAUUUACUUCAGGAUCCUCAAGGCAUCAAAACUUAUCAAGAUGAGAUUAAACAAUUGGACUGGAUCAAAAACGCGUCUCACUCGUUCAAAGUCGUGAUCGGAGGGAAUCACGAUUCGUUUCUCGGUCAUCUGUAUAACAAUCCUCUAGCGCCUGACAGCGCGGCCAAGAAGGCGAUCCAAGACGCCUUCAGUGACACCAACCGUGGUUUUCGAUACUUGCAAGACGAGGCCUGUGAAAUUGUCGUUCGUGGUCACACUUGGCGAGUUUUUGGCAGCCCAAAGAGUUUGAAAGGGAACACGUAUGCUUUCCAACAUGAACCCGGCACAGAUCCCUGGAUGACCGAUGGGAAAUGCAUCAUCCCGUACAACACCGACAUCCUCAUCGUCCACGGCCCGCCACUAGAUCUCCCUCCCAUCGGCUCCCAAUUUCUCGAUAGAGACCAAGCGAACCCUUCGGGUGGAGACGAGAAGCUGGCUUCCCACAUACCUAUCGCUUGCAAACUCGUCGUAUGUGGUCAUGUGCACAGCGGGGCAGGGAUUGGCCUUCGCCACCACAAGGGCACUGGUAAAGAAGGCCGCUCAUGGACGUUGGUGAACGCAGCGGGUGUGGUGUCACAUUAUCCCGCUGAACCCUAUGAGGAAGAUGAGAUGCGGUCGUUUCGAGUGGUUGAUUUGGAUCAUCUCACUGGAUUGGCAAAAGAGGUCGUGUGGCAAGACUUGAAAAUGGUGCAGCCGGAUCUUAUGGCUGGUAACGAAACGCCUGCGAAGAAUAGUCCUGUAGUUCGAAUGUCAUGA